CACUGAGUUUGAGACCGGACUCGUCUGUGGAGCAGGAGAUAAAAAAACCAUGACGAGGAGCUGCGGAGCUGUGGGCUCCGGCCCUUCUCUCUGAUGUAGUUAAGUUUUUUCUUUUUAAGAGGAAGAUGAGAGCCUUUGUGUUGAGGCUGAUGAGCUCAGGAGGAUUUCUAAAGGGAUCAAUCACAGGUUACACAGAAGAAAUGUCCACAACUGCAAGUCCGACCAUCCCCUCCUCACAGCUGACGUCUGACCAACUCACUGUGGUCGCUGCGUCCUUCUCUUCUCUGGUGUUCUUUGUGGUUAUUGCGGUGCUGCUGUCCAUUAUUUAUCGCAAGGAUCCCCAGUGCUGCAAACUCCGCUCCUAUCAGCGGCCUCAUGAUAUGGACGCUCCUCCUCAGUACUACAGCAGCAGACAGACUCUGGUGGGAUCUUCUUGUCUGGAGCAUCAGAUCAUGGACGACCACAACACUCAGAUCAUGGACGACCACAACACUCAGCAGACAGGUCAGCUGUUCUUCGUCGGCCUGCCCUCCAGCUACAGCCUGCCGACGCUGGACGCCCCCCUGCCGCGGCUCCCCUCCUACGAGAGUGUUCGAAAGAAGGACCGCCAGAGGCAGAUCCACAUGAUGAUCGCAGACCGCUUCGGCCUCAAUGGACCCAUUGUGACUGAGCCUCCUCCGACAUACGAAGAGAGUAUCCGCCAGUCUAUGGAGCUGCCGUACAACAUCCUCUCACCUGCUGUGGACAUCUCUCCACCUCUGACUCUAGUCUACACCAACCCAGGCGCUGACAUUCAGAGCAGCGCACCUCAUCCAGUCAACUCGGACGCCGGCACCACCGUUCUACAUGUCUGAUCCUCAACGACUUCUCAAGCUGCCCAAUGAAUGUGAAAAGAACUUUGUAGCUUUACAGGCUGACCAUGACUGGAUCCUUCACAGGUUCACUGGAGCUGAGUCAGAUUCCUCAAGACUGAGGGGGAACCAAAGAGGAGCUGCACAGCCUGCAGGAGAGGACACAUUUGGCUGGAGCACACGAAUGUUUAAAACACAGUAAAGGGAGAAACUGGAUAUGAACAUUUUCUGAGGUGGCUGGCUCAUCCGGAUGAGGAUUUGUGGAUGACAGGGACUAAAAUACACCAAAAAGGGACCCACUGUGUACUUUUCUGAAUAUAAUCUGCCAGUAAAUUAGUUGUUUGCUGUUGCUUUACUCAUUUUACUGCCGUCCCUCAGAGCUUAUCGUCUGGUUUGUGAGGUUAUCAGAGGCCUGUUUUGAUGACAGAGGCUGGGCCAUACUGCUCAGGCAUAUAUGGUUCAGAGAGUGCCUUUCAUGAAGUUAUAAUAAGACAUUGAUUAUUUGUUAUCAUUACCUCAGUUUUACUUUUCUUUGCUGAAUCAGAUUGGACUCUAUGAUUUCUGCCUUUGUUAUUUUCUGCGACUUACAAUGUAAACAUGAUGCAAAAUGUUCGUCCUGCGUGUUGUCCUGUACUGUAUUUAUUAAAAAAACAAGUGACUCAUUA